UGGAGAGCUGCUCCGGUCUGGCAGUACAGCCUGCGAAUGACUGAGCAGCAGCGGCAGCCGCAGUAGUAGCAGUAGUAAUAAUAAUAAUAAUUGCAGACGCCGCCACAGCUCUUCUGGCUGCUUGUUUGCUCUCGGCUCUUCCGCUGUCGCCAGCCUCGAAUAGGCUGAGAGAGCGCAUCUCCGAGACGCUUCUAAAGGACGGCUGCUGCUGCUGCUGCUGCUGCAAAAAUAGUCCCCCGAAAAUAAAGCACGUUCUGUUGCUCGGAGGGGUGGAGAGGAUGAAGCAAUGCCGAGAGUGGGCGCUGCUCUUCUUGGGGAUCGGCAGCCUCCUCGCCACCAAAGUAAACAAACACAAGCCAUGGAUUGAAACAUCUUAUCAUGGAGUUAUUACUGAAAACAAUGAUACGGUCAUAUUGGAUCCUCCAUUAGUUGCUUUGGAUAAAGAUGCUCCUGUUCCAUAUGCAGGUGAAAUCUGUGCUUUUAAAAUCCAUGGACAAGAAAUGCCCUUUGAAGCUGUAGUCCUAAACAAGACAUCUGGAGAAGGUCAGCUUCAAGCAAGAAGUCCAAUUGACUGUGAAUUGCAGAAGGAGUACACAUUUAUCAUUCAGGCAUAUGACUGUGGGACAGGGCCUAGUGGAACAAACUGGAAAAAAUCUCACAAGUGAGUGACAACGAGGAGUGUGGGCUUUGGGA